AAGAGCUCGGCGCGCGCGCCGCUCGAUUCCAUGAAAAAAGCGGAUCGUGGAAAACUGGACGUUCUAAAUUUGAAUUUAGUUUUGUGUUUCAUAAAAUAACAUGGGGCUAGAAAAUGGCACCAGCGACGUCUUUGAGGCACGCACCUCAGAAGAACUCGGGCGCUACCUCAUCGCGGCCCGCGACCUGGCCCCAGGGGACCUGGUCCUCACCGAACGACCCCUGGUCUUCGGCCCCAAGGCCACAGUGGUCCCUGAGGCCACCAUGCCCUGUGUGGGGUGCUACAGGCCCGUACCUACUGAUGUUGGAGAGAGAUGUGCUAAAUGUGGCUGGCCAGUGUGCAGUGGGAACUGCCCAGGACUGACAGACCCAAGACACCACGGAGCUGAGUGCGUCAUACUUAGCGCGCGUCCCGAAUGUGUACUGGACAAUAUGCCUGACUAUUAUAGGCAUGACGCUCUCCUGCCUCUUCGAUGUGCGCUACUGCAGUCGACUGCACCCGAACUGUGGACGAAGCUGUCAGAAAUGCAGUCGCAUAUGGAGUGCCGUUCCCCGGGAACAGACGCUUACGAUGAAGCCAACGAGUUCAUUGUAGAAUAUCUUAUGAACAACUUCAUCAAUAAGCUUGACGAGGAGACGAAGAAGAAAUAUCUUCCUGAGAUGUCAGCAGAACACCUUCACGUAUUUUGUGGCAUUAUUGACACUAAUGCACUCGAAAUUCGCCUUCUGGAAGGUACUGAGUUACUUGCACUAUACACUAAUACUUGUAUCAUGGAACAUAGUUGCAUACCAAACACAAAACAUACCUUUAGUCACGUGACUAAAGAUAGGAAUGAUUUCUUUAAAAUCACUGUCAAAGUUGUGGUUCCAGUGUUGAAAGGGAAUCAUAUAACAACAAUGUACAGCCAUGCUUUAUGGGGAACACAAGCGAGGAGACAGCAUUUAAAGGAUACUAAAUAUUUUGCCUGUCGGUGUGAAAGAUGUGCUGAUCCAACUGAACUUGGAACCUACAUCAGUGCGAUGAAAUGUCUAGGAGAUGGGGAUAGUAUUUGCGAUGGAAUACAUUUGCCUGAAGACCCGUUAGAUGAUGAAACAGAUUGGGCUUGUAAUAAAUGUUCGGUAAAAGUAAAUGGAUCACAAGUGCUUAUGUUAAUAUCACAAAUGGCUGAAGAAAUAGAGGCUGUUGAAAUGAUGGGAGGAACAAUACAGAUGUGGGAAGAUUUGCUUUGCAGAUUGUCAAUGUUUCUGCAUCCAAAUCACUAUCACUUGUUUUCUAUAAAGCACUCCUUGUUACAGCUGUAUGGUCGACAAGCGGGUUACACUUCAGAUGAAAUUUUGAAUAGGAAAAUCAAAAUGUGCAAGGAUCUCAUUGAUAUUACCAAGAAACUAGAUCCAGGUAACGCUAGAUUGAGUUUGUACAUGGCUGUUUUGCAACAUGAAUUACAUUCUGCCUUAGUUAUGAUUGUCAAGAAAGCCAACGGUGAAGGAAAACCUCUGGAUGAUUUGAAACCACUUAUUUCAGAAGCUAAAACUGCUAUUAACGGAGCAUUAGACUCAUUGAAAGAUGACAUGGAAGAAAUAGCCGGAAAAAAGCUAUUUGCUGUUAUUAAUGAGAACAAAAAGGAUUUUGAUAAGUAUUGUAAGAAAAAGAAGAUCAACGUUUGAUUUUAUGUAAUUUUC